GGGACAUCGUGGAUAAGGUGGCCAACUGUUCGUACAAUGCCGAGAACUGCGGGGGCACUGACAGGGUGUUUGGGUACCCUUUAAGUGAGGAACCGUAUAUCUCCAGCUGCCAGGAUGUCUAUAACGCCGGUCUCUGGAUCCAUGGGACCUAUUAUUCGUCAGACUCGUCGUCUUUUUACUGCAAUAUAAAGGAGAACUCCACGGCGUGUGACCAAGGCUGGAUCUCCCAUGGUGGUCACUGUUACAAACUGACCCACGUCCAGAAGAACUUUGACCAGGCCAUCCAAGCGUGUGCGGCGGACAACGCCCACCUUGUGACAGUGAACAGCGCCAGCGAGAUGAACUUCCUGAAAAACUUGAUUCCUACUCGCCCGUCACUGCUGUACGAAUGGUACUUUUUCAUUGGAUUCUACGACUUCGCUGACACUAAAGCUAGCACGUGGUUGGAUGGUGCGUUAAGCAAAUAUAAAUAUUUCCACGGCGUCGCUCCAAAUACCUUCGGCUACAAGUGCAAUAUUUUGAUGCGGUCACAGCACUACAAGUGGAGGGACUGGUUAUGUACGGAAACGGAAGGGUAUAUUUGCGAAAAAUCACCAGAGUACAUUGGAUGUUUUGACAGAGUACAGGAUGGUGAGGUUGUUCUGACUAACAGUAAGAUGUCCAUACAGUACUGUAGACAAACUUGUAUGGCUAAGAGUUACGACUACGCAGCCUUGCUCAAUGGAAACGCAUGCCACUGUGUAACCAAUGAUGGCACAAAUGCCACGGCCUUUGACCUCCACUCUCCUCUCCCUAUGACGUCAUGCUCCACGCCGUGCCUGGCCAAUGACAAACAGUACUGCGGCGCUGCUAACAAGUUCAACGUGUACCAAGCCUCAGGUCUAUCCAGCCCAGAAUAUGCCCAGUCCUGCUACGAGCUGGAGAUGGCCGGACUGCCCAGUGGAGAAUACAUCAUCAAACCUUCUGGUGGCUCACCAUCUACCGUCAACUGCACUAUGGAGAGCG